AUGCGAAUAGGUGCGUUCUCCGUCACGGACGUCGAAACCUUUAUCUGGAAUGACGCUGCCUUCGACUCUUUGGUCAUGGAGGAUCAUCUCAAGCAUACACUGGGAACCCUUGUGCAAGCCUACGGCCGUCGAAUUGAUGAUUCUGGGUUCGAUGACUUUAUCAAGCACAAAGGACGUGGUCUGAUCGGACUUCUCUUCGGCAAGCCUGGUCUAGGCAAGACAUUCACCGCCGAGGCCAUCGCCGAAAUGGCCCAUCUACCACUCAUGACUGUCUCAGCUGGGCGCCUUGGCUCAAAGCCCGACGAGAUAGAGAAGAACCUCCGAAGCACCCUAGACCUCGCUGCUCAUUGGCGUGCUGUCGUCCUUUUCGAUGAAGCAGAUGUCUUCCUUGCGGCGCGGGUUGCCACGAGUAUCGAGCGCAAUGCAGUCGUGUCUGUUUUCUUGCGCGAAUUGGAAUACUUCCCGGGCAUCAUGCUUCUCACCACAAACAAGAAGGACCUCAUUGACGAGGCAUUUCACAGUUGGUCAACCACACUUGUGCAACACUGA